GGGGGGUGCCGGGGGUGACUUAUGGACAAAUACUAACCCGCUUGGAACUCUGGUGGAAGAGCUUCAGGACCUGAAAUUCAAUACUAGGAGGUGGGAUUUCUCCCACUUCUCUCAUGGGCGCUGGACCCAUGGGUCUUGAUUCACUAUGCUGCAGCGCAGAGACCUCCUACAAAGGGCUCACCUGCGGAGGCGAUGUGAACGACGUGAUCACCGCGCGGCAGCGGUCGUAUUCCAUCUCGGACCUCCAGGGCAGCUGGUAUCGCAGCUCGGAUGGAGCACUGAUCGGAGAGGUGCACGGCUUUGAGGUGGUUUGGGUUUUGGCGCCCCGUCCUCCUACCGCGCCAUCACAGCCUCCGGGUGGAAAGGACUACAUCAUCACAAAGACGCAGGGUUACACCAUCUACGGCAUCGUGAACAUUGAUGCACAAGCAUCGAUUUCCUGGAGCAAUGGCGACGUUUGGUUGCGCAAGUGAUGGUUUGCUGCUGCUAUCUGGUGAUGUGAACUGGUGAUGUGAAAGGGCACCGAUUUCACCCGAGACCAAAGCAAAGCCUAACAGGUCUCGGCAUAGGGCUGUUUAAAUCUAGGCCUAGUUUUAGACGCGCUGACCGAACCGUGCGCUGAA